UAUCCCUGCACUGUGGUUCACUGGUUUGACAAAAUUGGCAAUGCUGCAGAUGAAGACACAGGAAUGUGGAUGGCUUGUCCAGGAGAGGGUGCAAACAAUACUGCAGAGCACACCAUCAUUCAUAUUGACACCAUUUAUUGUGCUCAUCAGGAAAACCUCAACUUACUCAAUCAGACUUUUUUGGACUUUCUGAUGCUCAAAUUUUAUCAUUCCUAUGAUGCAUUCCGCGCCUACUACGUCAAUAAAUACGCUGACCAUCACACCUUUGAGAUUGCAUUUUGA